AUCCCCCCCUUCUGAGCUCCCCGUCCUCCCCAGUUCUGGGAGGUGAUCAGCGACGAACACGGCAUCGACCCCAGCGGCAACUACGUGGGGGACUCGGACCUGCAGCUUGAACGCAUCAGCGUCUACUACAAUGAGGCCUCUUCUCACAAGUAUGUGCCUCGCGCCAUCCUGGUGGAUCUGGAGCCGGGGACGAUGGACAGCGUGCGCUCGGGUGCCUUCGGCCACCUCUUCCGCCCUGACAACUUCAUCUUUGGGCAGAGCGGUGCUGGGAACAACUGGGCCAAGGGGCACUACACAGAGGGGGCCGAGCUGGUGGACUCGGUGCUGGACGUGGUGCGGAAGGAGUGUGAGAACUGCGACUGCCUGCAGGGCUUCCAGCUGACCCACUCUCUGGGCGGGGGCACUGGCUCGGGCAUGGGCACCCUGCUCAUCAGCAAGGUGCGGGAGGAGUACCCCGACCGCAUCAUGAACACCUUCAGCGUGGUGCCGUCCCCCAAGGUGUCAGACACGGUGGUGGAGCCCUACAAUGCCACGCUCUCCAUCCACCAGCUGGUGGAGAACACGGAUGAGACGUACUGCAUCGACAACGAGGCGCUCUACGACAUCUGCUUCCGCACCCUCAAACUGGCCACCCCCACCUAUGGUGACCUCAACCACCUGGUGUCGGCCACCAUGAGCGGCGUCACCACCUCCCUGCGCUUCCCCGGCCAGCUCAACGCUGACCUCCGCAAGCUGGCCGUCAACAUGGUGCCCUUCCCGCGGCUGCACUUCUUCAUGCCUGGCUUUGCCCCGCUGACGGCGCGUGGCAGCCAGCAGUACCGCGCCCUCACCGUGCCCGAGCUCACCCAGCAGAUGUUUGAUGCCAAGAACAUGAUGGCAGCCUGCGACCCCCGCCAUGGCCGCUACCUCACCGUGGCCACUGUCUUCCGUGGCCGCAUGUCCAUGAAGGAGGUGGAUGAACAGAUGUUGGCCAUCCAGAGCAAGAACAGCUCCUACUUUGUGGAGUGGAUCCCCAACAAUGUCAAGGUGGCCGUGUGUGACAUCCCGCCGCGGGGGCUGAAGAUGUCCUCCACCUUCAUCGGGAACAGCACGGCCAUCCAGGAGCUCUUCAAGCGCAUCUCGGAGCAGUUCACAGCCAUGUUCCGCCGCAAAGCCUUCCUGCACUGGUACACGGGCGAGGGGAUGGACGAGAUGGAGUUCACCGAGGCCGAGAGCAACAUGAAUGACCUGGUGUCCGAGUACCAGCAGUACCAGGACGCCACGGCCGAGGAGGAGGGUGAAAUGUACGAGGACGACGAGGAGGAGUCGGAGGCGCAGGGCGCCAAGUGACGCCCGACGCCGCCCCCCAACAGUGCCCGCAGC